CAUCAGAGGGGCUUUUUGGUUGACAUGGCUCACGAACUUGAACGACGGCCACGAGGACGAUAGCGAGGACGAGGACGAUUGCAAUCUGGCUUGGUCAUACAGGCUUGAACGGCCGUUGUGCUCGAUGUUUGGCAAAAAGGCCCACCCGACGUAUCAUUACCAGGCUUCGUGUCCUUGACUGCAGCAACAGCAGCAGCAGCAGCAGCAACAGGCUCUGAACCGACAUUCUUUUCUCACUCCCUUGCGAGCUGAGGAGAGAACCAGGGGGAAGGAGGAGAGGGUGGAGGGUUUUGCUCUCUUCGUCAGCGUCGAAGGGUGCUGGAGGCGAGGCGAGGCGAGGCAAGCGAGUGGUAAGGAUCGCAACGGCUGACGAGAAGACAGUGGAGAACAUCCCCACAUGCAGUCACAAGGUGGUAGGCUGGAGCCCGAGGCUCCUCACAACGGGACCUGUGGCGAGUGGCAACCGGAUGAGACAGCUCCUUCCUAUCCACCCUCUUCGUCAGAAGCUACGGGACUCGUUGCUCCUCGGCCCAUUUACGCUCGACCAUUGCCCUUGUUACGGCCGAGCUCCGAUAGCAGUGAUCGAUCUCCACAGCUAAAGUCGCCAUCUUCGUUUGCCGAACAAGAUAACCGACAUGCAACGCCGGUCCUUGACGAAGAAGGAGAGGAAAGGGGCCGCCAAGACGUUGACGGCAAAGAGCAAGCGGCGAUGACAUCGACGAGAGACUAUGCCUCCAUCCUGCCCGUCAAGGGAAUCGAUGGAGAGGCCGACUUGGCACGGGACAAGCUCGAGAGGAUGAAGCGGACGAAGGAAUCCAAGAGGCGAUGGAAGGUCCGCACCGGUGCACAGGGCCUCGUGCUCGCCCUCACGGCCGGUGGAAAGAGUCGGAGGCGAACCGAGUAUGAGAUUGGGCAACAGCAGGCCGAUGACGAGUCAGUCGAGAGCAUGGAUCUGAGUAGGGCAUUUGGAGAGGUCCGGUUGGCGAUCAGCAGCCUGCCCGAUUACCCUGUUCUAGCUGUCAAGGGUGCUCGUCAUCGUGCCAGAUUGGCCUUGGCCCGGAAAGACACUGCCAAGGACACUGGCGAGUCGACAGAAGCAGUGGCCACCACUUCUGAGGGCGUGCCGAAGGUCCGUCAGUCGCUCGCCCGAAAGCUCACCGCGCCGAGGAGGAAAACGUCUGCGUCGGCGGCGGAAGAGCCGCCAGCAACAGCGCUUAGAGGCGCCAACGAGGCGCUUGUGGCAGCCCAGACCGAUGGCACACCUGCCAUCCAUAACUCGCUCGCUGGAGCACAGCAGCGAGACCUAGACGAUGUUGAAGAGGAAAAGCCAGCUGAGGAGAGGACUGUCGACGAGGCGACAAAGCAGGUCGACGAGCCCAGCAACGGCAGCCAAACAAAGAGGGUUAAGCCAGUCAUUGCAAAUAUUGUCACCAACCCCGGCCAGGCAAAGACUGAGCGACCGCAUCUAAUGGUGCAGUCUCCCAGCGACGCAAACCAUCUCCUACCACCUCCCGACCUACUUGACCUCAUGGAGGAUGACAAACAUUCAGGCACCCGGACGAUGGCCGUUAAAGACAGGUUGGACAGGACAGCCUCGCCUCAGGGGCUUGCUCCGGCUGAGGGGCCAACCGCUAAUGAGGUCUCGUCGCUCUCCGAUGAAGGGUCUUCCAUGACCGACUGGCCGGAGGGAGGCGAGUUGUCCGAAGACGACGACAUCGACGAUGACGAUGACGAUGACGACGACGACGAUGACGACGACGACGUUGAUGACGGUGACGAUGACGAUUCUCUGCUGGGGGCCGAGGAGCCAGAUGUGGACGAGGACCAGUUGGUGGCCAUGCUAAAUCUCGAGCAUGGAGAGCAGCUGUCAAAGAAGGCUAAGAAGAGAGCCUUGAAACUGGCAAAGGCCGCGCGGCGCAGGGAAAAGAGAAAAUCCAAGGGAAAGCAGAUGGCCGAGACUGGUUUGGAAGACGACAAUGUCGCCAUUGCGGUGGGUGAGCAUGGCUCCAAGGAGCUUCUUCCAAGGGCAAUCCGAAAAAGCUCUUUGGGCACCCGCGUCAGCUCUGGACUCCACUAUGCCUCGAGCCAGAGCCGCAACCGACGAGCCAUGGAACGCUAUUCGCCUCAUCCCAACGCCAGUGGCACUCCGUUGAUGAGGAGCCCUCCGCGCUCGGCCGCUGCGAGCCGGACGAAUCUAGUCGAAUCUGCUGGCAAGGGAAGCAGCUUGUCGAGUGUCAAUUUGCCGUCAAUGGCCACUGCCACCACCGGCGCCAACACCAAUGCCAACACCAAUGCCAACGCCGGCGGUUCGAUCUCGAGAAGCUCCACGCCAGCGCAAGCCAGAGAAUCGAUGGCGAACAGCAGUCGACCUAGUUCCAUCAGUGAGAUAGUCGACGGCUUGAAUGCGGUCGCGGACGCGGACGCAAGGGCAGCGUCACCCUUCCUGGGUGGCGACGAAGGCCCUGCCUCACCGCUCAGUGGUCUCGAGAGUGUCGACUUCAGCAAGAACCUGUUGCAGAGGUGGAACACGGCCAUGUCGUCGUCUUCUCAGGGCAGCCGGGCAGGGACGCUCCGGCGAAAAUACUUUAGCUUGCGCCGGCGUCAGCGCAACCACUCGGACCUGGUAGAAGAGAGCGGCGCCUCGACGCCAAGGGAAGAGGAGAAAGACGCAGAGAAGGAACUCGACCGCCUUCUUGGCAAGCUCGUGGCCGAGCAGGAGCCCGAGGAGCUCCAGGAACGUUAUGAGUACGACGUCCUGUACGAAAACCAGAGGGGAUUACUCGUCUUUGGGAUCCCCAAGUUCACGCCCAGGAUGCUGUUCCAGUGGGACCCUGACCCGUGGGUCAAUGCAAAGUACGGCAAUUCUGUCUACAACAUCGUCAACGCCCAGCUGCCCGACCCUUCUUGGGAGUGGGUCCACCCCGAAUGGCUCAUCGACAUGAGUGGCGACGUCGAUGAGUCCGGUUGGCAAUACGCCCACAACUUUGGAAGGCUCACCAUUCCCAUCUUUUGGCGUCCGACCGAGGUCAUGCCGCGAGCCAACGUAGAGGGAAACGCAGAGAUGAACCGUCGCUUUGCCAAGCACAUGCACAGGGAGGCCAACCGCGAAGACGACGGGCUCGAGGCCCUUGUGCGAUCUGCGCGGGUGACGAGCUACAAGUGGACGGGUGAAGCGACGCAGAACACAUACGUCAGGCGAAGGAGAUGGAUAAGAUUAAGGAGGCGAAAGCCGAUCGUCCAUCAGACGCCCGCCCCAACACCGGCUACGGAGAUGCCCCAGAGCAGAUCAAUGACGACGGCAGAUUGGACCCGGAUCAUGGCAUCUCAGGCUGCUGGGCAGCCUAGCAAGGGUACCCUCCCGUCCGAUUUGCUCGCUUCGUCUUCAUCCUCGUCUUCGUCCUCCGACACCUUGUCCGAUCUGGAAGAGGACGACACCGACUCGGAAGACGGCUACGCCCCUCCAAAUGCAAAACCAUCAACAUUCUAUCCACGCAAACUGGCCGGCAAUCUUCAGAACGGGCCGGAUCCGACCGAGAUGCGAAAGAGCAAGGAGCAGGAACGGCGAAGGAGACACGCGCGCGAGUUCACUGGCACCAUGCGCGAACUCAAGAGCCUGCUUCCAGCCAUCAUGGAGCACAAGAGCCGCAACGGCCACCAGCACCACCACGCUUCCUCCCGUCGAAGUAGUACGACAAAUGGGCCCUCUUCCAUGACAAUGGAGGACCAGAAGCACAUGUGGCUCAGCCAAGUUGACGCCCGCAACCCGUUCAUCAGCUGGAACAUCGUCAAGCGACGGCUCGAAGACGACGACAUGGCCUUUGCCAGCACCUCGCUGAGGGCCAAGGACAGGCGUUUUGCCCAGCGCGAAUUCGAAAGAAAGCGAGAGUUGCAGAAGAGGAAGGCUGCUGCUGCUGCUGCUGCUGCCGUAGACGAGAGCAACAAUGGUGGCAUCCCGGCCCACGAAGAGGAAGCGCACAGCCUCACGAGGGAGGCUCUCAUUGAGAUCAACUUCCGCAGGGUGUCACGCGUCCUCCGUGCAUGUAAAGUUGACCGGCAGAAGUUGCAGCUUUGGCGCCUCUGGCUCGGCGUUGACGAAAUCGGCCCGCACGUGGAAGCGAGCCGGGACCAGGACCUGUUGGACAUGGGUUUGAGUGCCGGCCCUGCCGUCGUCGACGAGGGCGUGAUCCGUGCCAAGGAUGCAGCGGCACGGCUGGCCAAACGCAAAUGGAAGGCGAACUGCGCGCCCCCGGACGUCAUCGACGUAUGGGACGUCCUCGAGAGGAGGUUAGACCGAGUGCUGCUUACGUUUGAAUUUCAAGGCAGCCGGGCCUCCCUACUUCGUCUACUCCUCACCAUCCAUGCCACGUCGCACAGCGGCCAUAGGUUCGCCCACGGCUGGAAAAUCGAGACCGGCGAUGUGACGGUGGAGCCAGACGCGCCCUCCAGCCUGUCCCCAGAAGUGCUUGCGCCAAGCGGCAGCAGCAGGCCGGCCAAUCGAUCGACUGCGCCUCUGGGCUAUGCGUCGGAAGAAUGGCGAGCAGCGCGACUUCCGAGGCUGGAAUUUUGGUCCGACCUCGAGUCGUGUGCAUACGCUGUGACCGAGUUGCCAGACCACGUUGGCAAUGAAGUCUCGCCAAUCACGGAUUCUUCCGCUACGUUGCCCUCAUCCCUGCUUCCCCGUGUCAGCUCCGUCACCGGGUCUAAACCUGAUCUUGCCGACGUUCACGGCUUAUCACAGAUGCCGAGCCCACCACCAAGGUCCAAGACGCCGCAGAGGAACAGCCUCGUCGGCGCUUCUCAUCAGCCCGUCACGGGCUCCCUGGCUGGUGGGCCGCCACCCCGAAGAUCAUCAACCGCGUCGCCUGACCCGUCCUUGCAGCUGCUCAAUGCGAGACGGCACAGCUCCAGCGUUCGCCUGGCACCGCUGACGAGCAUCAUGAACACUGCAGAUAUUCAAUCAAAGACUGCCUCUGCCUCGUCUUCUCCGCGCCAGGUGCCGUCAUCCUCGUCUCCCGCCACGCUCGUGGCCAGUCAGCUGGACGCCGACCAGGCCUUUCUCCACGACCUGCUCCAAUUGCCUCCCAGUAGACGGCGGGAAGCGCUGCUCAAGUCCGCCCCUAUGAUUUCCUCGCCUCCUUCGUCAAAUGCUACAGUGCACACCGACGACAAGGCCCUUGUCAAUCUACCGACGACGUUUGAAGAUUAGAGCGCAUCUCUUCCCUCUCCUUCCUCUCUCUCUCCCCUGUCUCUGUUACUCAGUUCCCGUCCUCAACGUAGAUCACAGUCGGGUAGACAGAUAUAUACCACUCUUUUUCAUAGUCUCUCGCAUUACAUUCAAAGGAUCUUGUUCAUCUAGCCACAUCAAUCCACAACAAUCAAUAGCGUAUCCCUGCUCCCCCUGCGCCGGCUACCC